AUGUUAAAAAGGGAUGUAUCAGCUGCCUAUGUAGGUGAUACAAAGAGGGGGAUGACACCCCUUCUUAUGGCAGCCAGGCAAGGUUAUCUUGUAACAGUUUCAAAGAUUCUCUCUUUAUGUCCAGAUUGUUGUGAAGAAGUGGACAACGAAGGUUUGAAUUUACUUCAUUAUCUGGUUUUUAGAGGCUAUGCCAAUCCAUUAGGGCUUUCUCUUUUCAAGCCCGGUGGUAAUGAGAUUGUAUAUGGAUCAGUCAAAAAUUUAAUGGAAUUAGAAGGUGCCUUAGGAAUGACACCUCAAGAAGUUUAUAAUGCACUUCGAUCUGAGAAAUAUCAUCAUAAACAGAAGAAAAUCAUUGACUUGUUGGAAAUAAUUGGGAAUGAUCAAGUGGCGGAGGAGCCAGUUCAGCGCUUUCCCUUUCAAAAUGAUUCUACAGAAAGCUUGGAGAAGAAAAGAGAGGCUCAUUUAGUAGUGGCAGCACUUAUAGCCACCGUCACAUUCGCAGCGGCAAUAACUGUUCCUGGUGGUUUGCAGACUGAAAAAGGGCCAGAGCAUGGCACUCCUAAAAAAGGGUCAGAGCAGGGCACUCCUUUUCUGAUUCAAGAGGCAGCCUUUAAAGCAUUUGUUGUAACAAAUGCAAUAGCCUUUAUUUUCUCUGUUUCUGCCCUUACCACCCACUUUGGAGUUUUGGAUAAUCUAUUAUCAAGAUUUAGUUUUUGGCGUCUAACACUUUUAGAUCGAAUUCGGUCUGUUUCUGGGAUCCUAGGCUAUGCGACGUUGGCGAUGGUGAUUGCUUUCAGCACAGGCAGUUAUGUGGUGUUAAAAUUUUCCCCCGGACUUACCAUUGUUUCAUAUCUUAUCGGCCCUGCCUUUUUACUCAGGUUUCUUAACCCAUCAUCGCCGUUGCCGGACCGCCAUCGUAUACGGCGGCUGGAGUUCCCAAAAGGAACCCUUUUUGACCGAUUUAACCUCCCUAAUCUCGAUCCAAAGGUUAUAGAUGGAGUCAACGACGAGGUAGGGGGCCAUUUUGGUGCUAGUGAGCCAGGGGAGCCGACCCUCGAGUAA